GUGACUAGCCACCAGCCGCCCAGCAAGCGUUUCCUGUUUCUACAAGCCCACUUCCGGGUCUCUGGGACUUUCGAUUGUUUGGGCGCGAAUUCCUCCGAGCGGUUAAUCAAUGAAACGGGGAGAGUCGUUGCCAGUCGUGGGACAAAGUGCAGCCUUAGAGAUUAGCGUCUUUGGGCUGGAGGUUGCUGCGGCCCGCGGCGUCGCCCUCCAUUGGCGUCACUGGUCAAGAGAUUUUUUGAAGCACUCUUACAAUUGUUCUAUUUAGAUCAAGAUGUCUAGCAAAGCACACACUCCCAAGAAAAGAUCUCAACAGUUAAAAAGAAAUCCAAAAAGAAAAACUGGUGGUGAGGAAGUGGAGUUACCAAAGAAAGAGGUUAGAAACACAGUGAAAAAAAAUAAAAAUCAUCCAAAGCGUCUGUGUUCUGAAGAAACAAGACAGUCAGAGCAAACUAGUCUAAAACAGGUAAAGAUAGCACUCAGCAGGAGAAAAACCUGGCAACCUCUUUCAAAGAAUAGCAGAAAGCAUCUGCAAACUAUGAUGGAGACAGUAAUAAUAGCAAUUUUGAGCAACAAAGGUAGAGAAAAUGAACAAAUUCAAUAUCAUCUUAACUGCCUGAAGAAAAGAUUGCUUCAACUGUGUGAAACCCUAAAAGUCCCUUCCCAAAAGCUGAAAGAUCUAACUAAUGUGUCAAGUCUACUGCAAAUGGAAAAGGUGCAUCACAGAGCUAAUGAGGAAGGUCUGGCAUCAUUGCAGGAAGAAAUAGAUAAAAUAGUAGAGACCACAGAGUCAGUGACUGGGAACAUUCAGAGCCUAAAGGACAAAAUUCAAGUUCUGACAAGUGAGGUGGAAGAAGAGGAGGAGAAGGUAAAACAGAUGUUUCACAUAGAUAGUAACAGGGUACUCUCCCUUCCAGAACUUUCUCAGAAGAGUCUCAAAGCGCCCAUACUUCAGAAAGAAAUUUUGGCACAAAUUCCCAACCAGAACGCUCUUCUGAAGGACUUGGAUGUUCUCCAUAAUUCAUCUCAAACAAAGAACAUGUUAGCUUUCAUUGAAGAAUCCUAUAAGAGACUAGAUGCCUCUUAAAGAAUGUUUUUUAGAUUAUUUCCACAUUGAUUUAAUCUUUAAAACUUGUAAAACUGUUAACCUAUAAUGAUAUUUCAGAGGCUAAGGCUUCUUUGGGAUUUAUUAUUUCCUAAUAUGGAGUUUGUAAUUAGCCUCUGUAGAUCCACCAUUAGCAUCUAAUGUAGCCCUGAAAACUGUUUUUAGCAGUUGCCACGUCUAGGAACUCAUAUUUAUGUUUCUGUAUUUCAGUUAUUUACCUGAAACCAUAGAAUAAGAACAGUCACAAUCUAAUGAUUUAUAAUGGCCAAAUAGAGCUCAUUUAUGGAUUAGUGCAGAGGAAAUUUGAUACUGUGACUUGUUAUAGUACCUAGUUCACAGAACUCUGUUUGCUAUCAUUAUUAUUCUUUAGCUGAUGACUUGCACUUUCUGUCUGGUUUUCUGGAACUUGAGAAAUCCCCAAAUGCCUUUUUGUUUUUACAUAACUCUCUAGACUUUGUGGUGUAAUUAAGAUUUGCCAAGUGUCUUUAACUUUGGAGGUAGCAGGAACAUUUUAUUUCUUAGGUUGGUUUAGUGAAUAAAUGCUAAAUACUUAUUAUCCCCUGUCAUCAAAAUCAUACUUUUAUUUUAUAAAAUUACUCAAAAGAAACAUUUAUUCCUUUAAACAAAAACCAAACCAAGGAAAUUUCCUAAACCUUUCCUCAUUGUGAUAUGUAUAUACAUGUAAAUGAAUGAUCACUAAAAUAUAUCAAAAAUCAUUUCUAACCAACUACCAUAUAUUAUCUGGAUUGCUUUUAUCUAUUUGUAAAAUAAAAUAAAUGUAAUCAU